AUGACUUCUUCAUCCCUCCCCCCCGCCUCCUCCCCCUUCGUCGUCCUCGCCGCCGCCUCCCCCUCCGAGCACCGUCACGCGUGGCGCGCCACCCACCCUUCCUGGGGCCGCGGCCUCACCCUCGCGCAGUACAUUGCGCGCGAGGAGCACCUCCUCACCCACACGGCCCUCGCCCGCGACGGCGGCCUAACGCCCUGGAUCCUCACCACCACCACCGCUGGCGACGAUCCGCGCCCGGUCCUCUCUAGCUGCGAGACUCUGGCGAAGCGCGCCAUUGUCGCGAGCCCGGACGGGAGUAGCGUCACCGACGUUGUCGCGCACGGCGUCGCGAGCGUCUUUACAGAGCCAGGGUACCGGUCCCGCGGCUACGCGGGCAGGAUGAUGGAGCUGCUCGGCGCGGCGCUCGCGCGGAGGGAAGAGGCCUCGCCGGGGGCUGCCCGGUUCUCGGUGCUGUUUUCCGAUAUCGGGCCGCGGUUCUACGCGAACCAUCAGUGGAAGCCAAUGGGCAACAUGCACCUCGCAUUUCCCGUCGGCGGCGGCGGCGGCGGCGGCGACAGCGUGUCAUCUACAUCUACGCCCGCUUGCAUCACUGAGCUCACCGACCAGCACCUCGAGGCACUCACCGCGCGCGACGAGCAGCUUCUCCGCGCGCAGCUCUCGCGGCCCAUUGCCGACGCCGACGCCCGUCAAACUCUGCGCGUCGCCGUCCUACCCGACUACGCGACGCUCGAGUGGCACUUUCGGCGCGAGGACCACCACAUGCCGGGGAACCUCCCCGGCCCGGCCACUCCUCGGGUGCGCGGCGCGCUGUACACGCCACCAACGCCUGGUAAUGACGCCAGUGACACCCGCCGCCGCGUCUGGGGGUUCUGGGUGCGGUCAAGGUCCGACGGCGCGUCGUCGUCGUCGUCGCCGGUCGUGACGGUCCUGCACUUUUUGCGGCUCGUGGUGGAAGACGACGCGCAGACGUCGGACGAGGAGCUGGCGGCGGCCCUCGACGGCAUCAUGGAGGUGGCGAGGCGCGAGGCGGCAGGCUGCGGGGCCAGCAGCGUCGAGAUGUGGAAUCCGUCGGCGAGGGUGGCCGCCGUGUUUCGGGAGAGGCUGCCGCAGCUCCAAGGCAGGAUCGUGCAGCGUGACGAGAGCAGUCUGGCCAGUUUGCGGUGGUUUGGCGCCGGCUCGGUAGAUGACGUGGAAUGGGUCGCCAACGAAAAGUUUGCGUGGUGUUGA